CAGAAUUGAAUCAAUGAAUCGCUUCAUGAGACCCAGAUUGUCACCUUUCACGAAACUCAGCACAUAUACCUCCGCUGUGAGUGGCCCAGCCACGGUUCUUGGCUCGAUGGCUCUGCCUUGAAACCGAGAGCCCAUCAGGGUGUCCCGAACUAACACCAAUCAUCAGCUUGCAUUCACCCGCGCCAUGCAUAUCCAGUCGAUUCCUAUGUGGGUAGGAAGUAGUGAUAACUACGCGUACCUGGUAGUCGAUGACAAGUCCAAAGAUGCCGUCAUUAUUGACCCCGCAAACCCCGAGGAGGUCGCUCCUGUACUGAAGAAGGCCAUCCAGGAUGGCAAGAUCAACCUCACAGCUAUUGUAAAUACCCACCACCACUGGGAUCAUGCCGGAGGCAACAAGCGACUGUUGCAAGAGCUCGGCAACGAGAAGCUCCCUAUCAUCGGCGGCAAGGAGUGCGAUGGCGUAACGCAAACACCCCCUAACGGGGAAGGCUUCAAGCUGGGCAGCAUUGCCGUCAAGGGUCUAUACACGCCUUGCCACACACAAGACAGCAUCUGCUGGUUCAUGGAAGAUGGUGGUGAUAAGGUGGUCUUCACUGGCGACACGUUAUUCCAUGGCGGAUGCGGUCGGUUUUUCGAGGGAACCCCAACCGAGAUGCACAAGGCCUUGAACAAGACGCUGGCCUCAUUGCCAGAUGACACCAAAGUCUACCCCGGACACGAAUACACCAAGGCGAACGUCAAGUUCGGCAUUUCGGUGCUACAGAGCGAGGCGGUCAAGAAGCUACAAUCCUUUGCAGAGAACAACAAGGAGACACAGGGCAAAUUCACCAUUGGUGAUGAGAAGGAACACAACGUGUUUAUGCGUGUCGAAGAUCCUGUAAUACAAAAGGCCACAGGCGAGACAGACCCUGUCUCUGUCAUGGGCAAGCUACGGGAGAUGAAGAACAACUUCAAGUGAGUAAGUACACAGUUAUGAAGAGUCAUGGUUCUAGUGGUGAAUCGGAACCUGACAUGAUGAUAGACCACCACCUUUGAGUAGGAUCUAGACUUGCCACAUACAUAGUUACCGAAACGUUGGUGUCGUCGAUAGAUAUGUAAAGCGCAUAUUGUCUUUGAAUAUUCUUCUCAGAAGUUUGGAGUGAUUUUUUUUCACCUCGAACACACCCUGACGGAAUGAACCCUCGUACUGCAUUUUCUAGCUCAAGUUACUCAGAUGUUCCAUUAGACUAGAUUUUAUAUAGAGAGUUUCUCCGACUACAUGUAAUGUACGCAUACUACUGGUUUCCGGUGGGAACUGAAAUGAACAUCCGCCUGUUAGAUUCUUCCUUUUCUUAUUUUCGAAGCAAGCCGGAGGACCUUGAGGUAGAUUAAGUAUGAGCGAGUCAACUAUUCGACCG